AUGGAGGCUGAGCCUGGUGGCGGUGGCCUGAACCAAGCUGUGUGCAUCAUGACAGGUGCCUCGUGGGGCUUGGGCCAGAGCCUGGCAUGCCUGCUGGCCCCGUGGCUGGCGCCCGGCUCGGCCCUGCUGCUGGUGGCUUGCUCGGCUGGUGCCCUGGGCGAGCUGGAGGCUCUUACUGAAUUUUUUAUACCCUUGCACAAAAAUAUAGUAAUUUCACAAAUAGUGGACGUCUUAGGUCUAUGCGGACAUGACGCCAGCUUCUUUGUUUUAACAGCUGCUGCUGCUGAGAGGUGUCUCACUGUCUAUUUCCCAAACUGGUGGCAACAUCACCGUCCAAAGCAUUUUACAAUCACAGUGUGUGUUAUUUUGUGGCUGCUGUCUGGCUUGAUGCCUCUUGCGGGGUAUUUUGCCUGCUUCCCAAGAGUCCGCGCAACCAAUGAAACAGAAUUUGUCAGCUGUAAAAAUCCAGCUAUAUCGCAAAUGAUUAUAGUAUUGCUGAUUUUUAUUUCCAUCUUGGGUUUUUCCGCUUCAGCCAUUUUUAUGAAAAUGAAAAUAAAUCAAGCCCCUCCUCCAGCAAGGCUUGACAUCACCAUUUUGACAACUGUCCUUCUGUUUCUUAUAUUUAAUGCACCACUUAGAGUUCUUAUUAUCAUGACAUUUUGGGAUCCACCAACUGACAAGAAGUUAGCAGGUACAGUUUUUCUGUUAUUCAGUUCCAUCUACAGCAGUGGCAUCUCCUUUGCUUGCCUCUUUAUUGGAUAUCUGAAUAGGCGGGAUGACUUGGAGCCCAUUGCAGUUUUUCUUGAAAGAAUUUUGAAGGAUGAAAGAAACAUGGCAGAGACAACAGAAGCAGAUCAACAGCAGGCCUGA